AUGGCGGCGGCGUACACCGAGCAGAUGUACACCCACGCCUCGGAGCCCCGCGCCGUGCAGCAGCGCGCGCCCCAGGCCCGGUUCCGCGAGCCCCAGGACAACCCGGCCAACGCGGGCGUCAACAUCAUGUUCGACCGCCGCGUGGUCCGCGGGAACACCUACGCCGCGCAGAUCGUCCCCGCGGACGUCGGGAGCACGAUGCAGAAGACGGGCGGCUCCAAGGCCGGCGGCACGAAGCGACGCACCGUGCAGCCGCGCAUGCCUGGCACGCCCGAUCCCGUCGAGGGCCGGCGGCACAUGGACAUCCAGACCGACGCGUACCUCGAAGAGCUGACGGAUAUCGUCCCCGAGGAGGACGUGAGCACGCAGACGGAGGCGUUUAUCGACCGGCCCCCGACGCCGCUGUUCAUGCCGGAGAAGUCGGGGAUCGACGUGGACACGCAGAUAGAGCCCGGCGACCUGUUCGACUUCGACUUCGAGGUGGAGCCCGUGCUGGAGGUGGUGGUGGGCAAGGUGCUGGAGCAGAGCCUUCUGGAGGUGCAGGAGGAGGAGGAGCUCGCGGCGAUGCGCGCGCACCAGGAGCACUUCGAGCAAGUGCGCAACGCGGAGCUCAUCGCGACGCAGCGGAUGGAGGAGGCGGAGAAGCGGAAGCUGGCGGAGAAGGAGCGGCGGCUGGCGCAGGAGCGCGAGCGCGUGGCGCGCGAGAAGGCCGUGCGCGAGAAGGUCGCGGCGUGCGCGUUCGCGCGCGGGUACCUGCGCGGGAUGGUGAAUUCGGCGUUCAGCAAGCUGAAGGAGGACGGCGUGUUCUACGACCCGGUCGAGCGCGAGGUGCAGAGCGCGUUCCUGCCCUGGCUCAUGGAGCGCACCGCGCAGCAGGUGGGCCUGCAGCAGGCGGCGUCGCUGGCCACGCAGCGCAUCGUGGCCAACGCGCUGGCGGGGCUGUUCCGCGACCGCAUCAACGCGGACAACGACAUCAUCCUCGAGCAGCGCCGCCGCGAGGAGGAGGAGCGCCGCCUCGCCGCGGAGGCCCUCGAGCGCGACCGCCGGCAGCGCGAGCUGCUCAAGCAGUUUGGCGAGUACAUUCUGCACGAGAUGGACGACAAGCCGAUCCCGGACGCGAUCGCCGCGGAGCAGCGCGAGAAGCUCGAGGCCGCGGAGGCCGCGGACGAGGAGAAGCGGUGGGAGCGGCAGAAGCAGCAGACGGCGCGCUCGGUGCGCCAGAACGUGCUGGUCGAGCUGGAGCUGGACGGGCUCGCGGAGGACGACCCGGCGGUGGAGGAGCAGAUGGACCUCAUCGAGGGGCGCGUGCAGGCGGCGGUGGACGCGCUGGAGCGCGCGGGGCCGCGCGAGGUGGAGAACGGCGACGUGGUGCUGGCGGUGCUGACGCGCGUCGAGGCGCUGGAGGAGGCGGCGGCGAAGGCGGCGGACGAGGCCGAGGCGGGCAAGGGCGCGGACGGCGAGGCCGGGGAGGCCGCGGCGGUGCCGGAGGAGGACCAGCCGUACGUGGCGCUGGCGGGGCUGCGCGCGCGGCUCCUCGAGCACCUGACGGAGUUCUACCCGGAGGACGCCGCGCGGUGCCUGGACCCGAACUACGUGGAGCCGGAGGAGGAAGGGGAGGGCGGGGAGGGCGAGGGACAGGACUAG